UGUCAACAUAAUUUCACCACACGAAGAAUGUCACCUGUAAAACAUUUGAUAGCUGGCUAACCCAUAUGGCUAACACAAACUCAUAUUUACUGUAGCUUCAAUGUUGUUAUUCCAGCGGACCACUAGGUAGUGUGACCAUAAUGGAGCUGGAAUGGGAGGACCCUCCGGUCCACGAGGCUCCUUUCUUUACCAGAGAUCUAUAUGACAAAUAUUCACUUGCACCUAAUAUCAGAGAACUAUGGGAUUUUCUCCAAAGUCCUGUAGAGAACUUAAAACAGGACUGUGGGACUGCAAAAGCUUCCCUCCCUCCUUCCACAAAAGAAGCUGCAGCGUUUAAAGACAAUAGUUGCAUCAGCAAGAAUGGGUCCUGUUGGGACAGCUGUGAUGGUGAUGAUCAGUGUGCAGACGGUGCAGAAGAAUGUAAGGAAACUGAAAAAUCAAGAAUAAAGCUCAAGCAGGUUCAGACUGAGGCGGGUGCUGUUUGCCCUGAACCCAGGCUGCCAUUCCCCUGUCUGUCCAGCCUUUCCAGCAAAGACCAGAAAACGUAUCUUGGCAUUUUGAUGAGUAAGAAAGCAGGAGAUCCUCCACAGAAGUUGCAGGCACAAGUAAACAAUGAAGUGAUGCAGUUCCAGAGGUACCUGCAAGACGUGGCCAAAAUAUGUGCUGAUGACUACAACUUCAUAUCACAGGGAGCUAUGCAAUAUUCAGAGGAGUUCUUCAGGGGGUGUUUGGAGCACAUUAAGACGUUUCCUGAGCUCUACCAAAUCCAUGAGAUGACUAGUUUGACAGGGGGAACAUUCAACCCAGGGCUGAAGUUUACCUUUGAGAAACAGCUGCUGAUCAUGGGCAAUGUGGAUAUUACAGACCACAAGAUGGUGCCUGCUGAUGCACAGCUUGCAUCGGAUUAUCAGAGUGUUUCAUCAGAGAAUCCUCCAGCUAAAAAAGCCAAGGACAUGCACGCUACAAUCAGCAGUGACGGUAAUGCCAACAGCCUGUGUGCUCGUUAUGAGCCUCACGUGUGUCUGACUCGAGAUGCCCUCGUGAGGCUGCUAGACAACCAUGGCCCUGACUUUGGAGAGCAAUGGGAAUUGCCUGUUAGGAUCAAGUUAAACUCAGGAGAAGGCAGCAGUCAGAAGAAGACUGUGUAUGUAGAAUCACCCCUUCUGAAGACUGAAGUGACAGUGAAAGAGAGGAGUCAGAUCUACCAUGAGGAGAGUUUGAAGCUUUCCAUCAAGAAGAAUGGAAGUACAAAUGUGUUCCAUUUAAUGACGCAGCUUCGGGAGGAUGAGCAGCAACUCUCAACGGAGAGCUCACAAAGGAGCGCGGUGACUUGUGAGGACAAUGGUCUUGACUUUGAGGUGGACCUCACUGACUUGGAGACAUUUGGAGAGACGACACCCAUUAGAAGCCCCAAGAUGCCGAAGAUGAAGAAUGAACAGGAUGCAGGUGUUAAUGUCAUUAGAAGAAUAAAAGCUUCAAGUUCCGAGCCUUUCACUAAGACUAAAAGUUCCAGUGAGCAACUUGUAAACACUAGCCGUUCACAAGAGGAGAUGGACACCUCGUUGGCUAAUGUGGAUGAUCCCGUAACAGAGACGGCUCAGCCGCUUGUGAAUGAGGCCAUUGCACCAAAAACUGAACAAUUAAGACAAGCGUCAGCUGAGGAAUAUGACGAAGAUCUACCUUUUACAGGAGACUCUGAUGAGGAGAAGCUGGUCAUUGAUGACUCUGUUUCUCCAGCUAUAACACCUCCAACACAACGUAAUCCUAAAACCACACCAUGCUCUGCAGACCCCCCGAUUACCCCGGUCUCUGAAUGUGUAGGUACAGACUCAGAGUCUUCUUCCCCUCAAAAAGGUACAAAGCAGAGGCGACAAUCCAAAAGAGCAAAGGUCUCUGGCGACCAGCUGGGUGAGAUCCUUCGCAUGCAGACAGCCAUGUUCAACUGUGCCAGUGACGCCGCCAAAUGCCCCACCAUAUCCCACGAGACCAACUCACCCGCCCGAGGUACGGGACCCUCAGUUCACACCCAUCAAAUGUCUCUGGUUAAGCCCUGUGUGUCCUCAUAUCUGGAGAGAAACCAGGACCAGGAUGGAGAGAGCGGCUCUGCUCCUCACGAAUCUGCACCAGUGGUCAACGCUGCUAAUACAGAGCACAAAAAAAUACUGUCUCAAGACCUGCAGGCUGGUGCGGAAAAUGAACAAGAUUACACAGCUCCAGAGGAAGGCAAUCUGCUCUACACGCUCUACAGUGUGCAGGAUUUGCUGCUCAUGGUGCGCAGCUCUGUCUCACUGACCCAUACCAGAAGAGUAAACCAAAACAACCAAAACCAGUACGUGCCAGUGCAUGUCUUGCCCAAGCUGGAGUACCAAUGGAGAUAUGGUGUCGAGUGUCUAAGCAGAAGUGAGGCUUGCCAGCUGUGGACUGAGACGUUGCUCCACUCCAGCACUGUAUCCUGCAUAGCUCACAUCAAUGCGCACACAUCAAAAGUAGCUCUGCUGAGAAAGCUGCCUGAUGACUGGAAACAGAACAUCUCCUGUGGGUUUAAGCCGUCCAAGUCACUGAACAUACUGCACCACCUACUGAAGAAGCUUACUGGGUUGGAUGAAGGACAGUACCUGAUUGUGCACAAGGCAGGGGAACCAUUUGUGAUCCUUUUAAAAGUGGCUAAUGGGAAAGUGAGUCGGGGGGCAUACAACCUGCAGCAGGUCCACAGCUCAGUCCCACAGCCCCCGACCUCCGGCCCCGUGCCCUGGAUACCCGUUGAUCCAGCUGUGGUCCUGCCCUUCCACCAGAAACACGGCCGUGUCCCCUGCACCUUCCCUCCAAAACCCUUUGCAAAGACAACGAAAGACGGGUCAUCGCAGUCCAACAACCAUGGAGCGGGGCAGGCGAAGAACAACUUAAAUGCAGGAAGCAAAACGAAGAAAAACCAAAAGAAACGUGCGGCCAGGCGUAACAAGUAUAUUAAAAGGCUUCUUCAGAAGUCCAUUUAAAAUGUCAAAGGAUGUAAUAUCAUGUAUUCUUUAUCAUUUCAUAUAGGGUGAGUCAGAUGAGGAACUUCAGACUGGAAAUACACAAUCUGUAGUAAUCCAUAUGAUUUUGAACAUAAAUGUGAAGGCUGAUGCACAUUGAGAGGAUAGAAUCUAUACCUUUUUUUUAUAUUUUAAUUUUGUUCAGAGACAUUUUUGUAUAUUUUGUCAAUUUAUAAUCCUUUUGUGCAAAUGGAUCAACAAUAAACUUUGUCUAAAUAUCCA